GGACAGAUCAUGCUGUAUGUGGAUGGAAUGAACGGCCUCAUAAGUCACAACGAAACCGUCCAAUGGCUUUACACACUCGUUGGAUCCAAGUUCCGUCUGGUAGUGAAGACAGCUCUGAAACUGUUACUGGUGUUUGUGGAGUACACUGAACCCAACACUGCCCUGCUCAUCCAUGCUGUCAACACCGUGGACACCAAGAGAGGCUGUAAGCUGUGGUCCAAUGCCAUGGAGAUUCUGGAGGAGAAGGAUGGGGUGGACACAGAGCUGCUGGUGUAUGCCAUGACCCUCAUCAACAAGACUCUAGCGGGCCUGCCUGACCAGGACUCAUUCUAUGACGUGGUGGACUGUUUGGAGGAGCAGGGCAUGGAGGCCAUGUCUCAGAGACACCGAAGCAGGAAGGGAACAGACCUGGACCUCAUGGAGCAGUUUAACAUUUACGAGACUGCUCUGCGCCACGAGGACGGGGACGACGAGAGCCAGCCGCCUACCGUGGGUCGGAAGAACCGGCGGCGUGCCAGCGUGGGGGGCACCAACGACCGGCGAGGCCUGGAGAGGAGACGCAGCCGGAGACACUCCCUCCAGAAUGGGAGAGGCCUCACCUCGGCCCCCGCUUCUCCCAGCAGCCCUCACUCUCACGGGGGACACAACGGUAGCUUUCUGCCCUUCGGAGGUCAGGGCAUCGACGACGUUAGCGAAAGAGAGGAGGAAGAGGAUGAGGAGGAAGAGGAGGAUGAGGAUGAGGAAGAUGAUGAGAGUCAUGAUAUCACAGAGACCACUAGAAAGGGCUUCCACAGCAGCCAAACAGCUGUAUUGUAUACAUCUAGAGCACCCGUUAGUGCUGGAAGCCGACACAUAGGCCACGUCAUGGCGCUCCCUGGCAGGUCCCAGGGUGUAGCCAGCGCCAGCGCCCCCACCACCCCUGUAAACCGCUCCCAGGGUGUUGCCAGCGCCCCCACCACCCCUGUACACCGCACCUUUGCCACCUCAGGGGCCCCACAGCUGGACUCCAAGCCUGACAGACCUUCUCUGGGGAGCUUGUUGUCCUCCUCCUACAGACAACACCAGGAGUCUCUGACUGCAGAGAGAGAGAGGAGGAGACAAGAGAGGGAGGAACGACUGCAGAAAAUCGAGAGGGAGGAGAGGACCCGCUUCAAUCGGGAUUACAUGGACAAGAGGGAAGAGACAAGACAGGCCAGAGAAGAGAGAUAUAAGUGCGUUGAGAGGGUCGCAGCAGAGGAGUAUGAGAAAGAGAGAGAGCGCGCGAGAGCGCCACCUAGGGGGCGCACAGAGAUCACCCUGAGUCUGAGCCCCACCCCCUCCAGUCGCUCCGCCUCCCCCCGCUGUGCCACGCCCUCCUCCAACGCCUCUCCGGAAGAGGCUGGCCCCAUUCCAUCCCAGACAUCCCAGACGCAGGGAAGUGAAGUAGACGUAGAGCCAAGCCGUGACCUUCAGACUAGAACUACAAGUCCAGCGCCAGAGUUAAUAGUAUCAGGACCUUCUCCAGAACCCACAGAGCCCCCCUCCCAAACCCCCUCGGCGCCAGGCGAGGAGCAGGCAGAGACAGAGACGCAGACAGAGAAGCAGGAAGUAACUGAAGUUGAGCCCAAGCAGGAAGUACUAGAGCUAGUGGAGUUAGCGGUAGAUGAACAGACACAGGGUAAAGAGCAGGAAGAAAGUGAGGAGGAGGGUAAGGAGGAAGAGAGACAGUCAGGGAAUGAGGUGGAGGGAGAAGAGAAGGUAGAAGAGGAGGUAGAGGUAGAGGGAGAAGAGGUGGAGAUAGAGGAUGUAGAAGUGGUAGAGAUAGAGGUGGAGGAGGAGGGAGAGAGGGAGCAGGCUGCGUCGGAGGAGAGGGAGGUGGAGGAGAGACUGGUCCUCCUCAGUGAGAAGGAAAGGCAGAACGAGGAAGUGAAUGAGAAGGACAACUGUUCUGCCUCCAGUAUCUCCUCAGCCAGUAGCACUCUGGAGAGAGAGGAGAGGGAGGAGAAAGUCAACAGCAACCAUGAACCAGGCCAGUGCAUUAAGGAGGAAGACGUGAAUGGGCAGUGCAGCAAGAUCCUCAACAGCAAGCGCUUCAUGCUGGACAUGCUCUAUGCCCAGAACAAGACCACUGCCGACGAGGACGAAGAGAAGGCGGGAGAGACGGAACAGACUGAGAAAUGCAAAGAGGGGAUGGAGACGUCAUCACUGGAGGGUCAGGACGGGUCGUCGGUGGCCAGCCUAGCCAGUCGUAUCUCUACACUUGAGGCCAGCAGGCAGGCCUGCGAGGAGAAUGUCAAGAAGAUGGAGGUGCAACACCUGGAAAACCAGGGGAGCGUCAGGGCCGUGGCCGAGAAAUUUGGAGACCUUGUUAAAAGCCUUGUGUCGCCUCAUGAGCUGGAGGCAUUGGAGAAGCAGCAGCAGGGCCAGCUUCAACCUGAUAAAGACAAAGCUCCUCCGGCCCCGUCCUCCUCUCCCCUACCUCCGAAGAAGGAGUCAGAUUAUAUCUGGGACCAGCUGAUGGCAGCCCCCAGGGAGCUGCGUAUUAAAGAGAUGGACUUUACAGACCUGGCAGACGAGGAUGAUCUGGACAUCCUAGACGUGGACAGUGUGCUGAUGGGCUCCAGUGACCUGAUGAUCCCUCCCCCUCCUCCCUGUCUCUCCGCCCUGCCCCCUCCCCCUCCCCUGGGCCUGUUUGGCUGCCCCCCACCCCCUCCUGUCCCUGGCAUGAUGCCCCCUCCCCCGCCCUUCAUGCCCCCCGGACCCGCCCAGCCCUACCCGGGGUCCCCCCAGCUGAGCCGGGGGACAGGGGAGCCCCCUCUGUUCCAGAAGAAGAAGAAGACUAUCCGUCUCUUCUGGAACGAGGUAAGGCCCAUGGACGGCCAGUACAGGAACCACAAGCGUUGUAGAGAGUCUCUCUGGUCCAAACUGGAGCCGGUCAAAGUGGACACGUCCAAGCUGGAACACCUGUUUGAAACAAAGUCCAAGGAGCUGCCUGUUACCAAGAAAACAGCAGUGGAUGGGAAACGACAAGAGAUUAUUGUCCUGGACUCCAAACGGAGCAAUGCCAUCAACAUCGGGCUGACCGUCCUCCCCCCUCCCCGCACCAUCAAGACAGCCAUCCUCAACUUUGACGAGUACGCUUUGAACAAGGAGGGGAUCGAGAAAAUCCUGACGAUGAUCCCCACGGAGGAGGAGAAGCAGAGGAUCCAGGAUGCUCAGCUGGUGAACCCUGACGUCCCCCUGGGAUCAGCAGAGCAGUUCCUCCUCACCCUGUCCUCCAUCACGGAGCUGUCCGCCCGGCUGCAGCUCUGGGCCUUCAAGAUGGACUACGAGGUCACGGAGAAGGAAGUGGCAGAGCCUCUGCAGGACCUUAAGGAAGGGAUGGACCAACUGGAGAAGAACAAGACGCUGCGUUACAUCCUGUCCACGCUGCUGGCUAUAGGCAACUUCCUUAACGGAUCCAACGCGAAGGGCUUUGAGCUGGGUUACCUGGAGAAGGUUCCGGAGGUAAAGGACACGGUUCAUAAGCAGUCUCUACUGCACCAUGCCUGUUCCAUUGUGGUGGAGAAGUUUCCAGACAGCUCAGACCUGUACUCUGAGAUAGGAGCCAUCACCCGCUCGGCUAAGGUGGACUUCGACCAGCUCCAAGACAACCUGAGCCAGAUGGAGCGACGCUGCAAAGCAUCGUGGGACAACCUCAAGGUCAUCGCCAAGCACGAGAUGAAGCCUGCGCUCAAACAGAAGAUGUCUGACUUCCUAAAGGACUGUGCAGAGAGAAUCAUCAUAUUGAAGAUAGUCCAUCGGAGAAUUAUCAACCGGUUCCAUGCCUUCCUGUUGUUCCUGGGCCAUCCAGUGUACGCUGUGCGGGAGGUCAGCAUCCACCGCUUCAGUAAGAUCCUCAGUGAGUUUGCCCUGGAGUACCGGACCACGCGGGAACGCGUCCUGCAACAGAAACAGAAGAGGGCCAACCACAGAGAGAGGAACAAGACCAGAGGAAAGAUGAUCACAGAUGAUGGAAAGUUUGGCGGUAGCGCCCCGGGGCCUGUAAGCCAGGAGGGCGUGCUGACGCAGGGUCUGCAGUACGCAGAGGAAGCAGCGGAGCAUGAGAACAUGAAGGCAGUGCUGAAGAGCAGUUUGCAGGGCUGCAGUGACAGUGGAGCGUCCACCGUGCCAGGCCUACGUACACGCACCAGAGCCAGCAGACCAGGCCGUGUGGGUCCUUGGGGCUCAUCAGUGAUUGAAGACCCACCUAAUUGCACAGACGCUGCAGAUGAGAUCAUGGAGCGCAUCGUCAGGUCAGCCACUCAGGGGCCCAGGACACGGACAGAGCCUCGCGAGAGGAAGAGGUCCAGAGCCAACCGCAAGUCACUGAGAAGAACACUGAAAAGCGGUCUGACGCCAGAGGAGGCCAAUGCCUUGGGGUUGUCCAGUGGUUCAGAGAUGGCUGUGUGACAGGAAGAGAAGUAGAGCUGGAUCCGGCAGCACAGCACACACAGACACCUGGGAAACCCUCUUACCGCCCUUCACUGACCCCUGACCUCUAACCCCUGCUCAUCCAGCCAGCCCGUCAACCGCUGCACCAUAGCUUAGCUUGGUAUUUCCCCUGGUUCAGCUUUAUGAUGACUGUAGCUCACCUUUCUGUCUGUGGUUUGUGCAGGUAGCUGUGACACAGUGUGUCACCUGGUUAAGAUGGUAAACAAUGUUCAGGAAGAGACCAUGAGGAAUAUGGUCCUCACCCAGGAUAAUAGAUGGU